CCCUCUUUCUUAUCUAGUCCAGGCGACCACAUCUGGGCGAAGAGACGAAGCUCGAGGGAGGACGGAGAAGGGGGGCGGAGAAGGGGGGCGGAGCGGAGAUGAUCAUCACGGCGGCCCUGGAGGAGUGGAUAGGGCACAUGGCGGCGGGGGAUGCGGCGAAGAUGGCCCGCUUCAGAGAGAUCUGCGGGUGGUUCCCCGACAUGGACACGCUCCACGACGCGGCGAUUGGGAUCACGGUCUUGGCGACGGAGGCGGAGCGGGCGAGGAUGCUUGGAGAUGGGGCUCCUCCUAUAAAGAUCCUCCACUGGGCUAUGAUGGAGGCGGAGUCGCCGGAUCUGCGGCAGAGGAGGAGAUGGGCUGCAUAUAGAUCUCGUGUGUCGUCUCCCCCAAAUCUAGCGGAGUUUGUGGUGGGGGCGGUCAUGGUGAUCCUUGUACCGGGGCUGGUGGAGCAGCAGAUGCCGGGGAUGGGAGGAAUCGCCGUGCCUACACCAAGGAGGGGGAGAGGUGUGCGCCCAAUUCAGAUGUCGCGCCGCUCGCCUCGCUUCCCUCGGCGCUCGGCGAGGAUUCGUGCACUUGCUCGCGGGUCUGGCGGGCAGUAGGAGUCACUCCGGACGGUACCCACUUAUGGGUGCUAGCCGGAGUAGAUUCCGAUGAGGAAUCUUCUGCAGUGUGCGAUAAACAGGGAAAAUCAAAGGGAGUUGAAGUGGGGAGUAAGGCUUCUAGAGCGAGUAUCAAGUGAAAAUUAUAGCACUUCAAGAAGAUGGAACCCGAGAGUGAUGAGACUUACUGGUGCACAUCUUGCUCUUGAAGAUGGUGUCAUUUCUACUAUUGUCUUGCUCUAGCUUUAAUCCUGCUUUUACUUUGUUUAUGUUUCUACAUGCACUUUUCUUCUCUUUUGGGAGCAAGACGGUGUUGGUUGUUGCCUGUAAUAGACUCUCUAUGAUGUUUAACAAUGUCUCUUUCUUUUGUGUUGUUGCUAGUCGGUUGGGUCUAUGGAUCUUAGUUAGUGAUGGGAUAUUGCCCCCCUUCACUAAUGAAGCUUCGUUGAUGGGUGCAUUUUGGUGGUGUAAGAACAACUAUGUUUUUUUUAACGGAAACUGGGGAAAACCCCG